UUGGCAUUAAUUAACUAAUUUGGAAUUGAGACGUUCUGAUUGAUGAUUGCCGUGUGCGUUUUCACGCGGCAUCAACAAAUCGUCCUUCCUCUCCCUCUGCCGCCUCCCUCCUCCUCCUCUGCUUUCUUUGCAUGAAAGCCAAAAAUUUGAACAAAGAUACAUCUUAACAAAACAAGAACAACAACAAAAUCAAAAAACAAAAACAACCAACAUUGUCCAUUUCCUUUUAAAAAAACAAAAAACAUUAUUAAUUCCUUCAAAUGAUUGUAAGAAGUGAAGGAAUGAAAAUACCAUGGAAAAAUGCUGCCGCCAUCUCUUGCUUUACACUAAUCUUGUUAUGUUAUAACAUUCAAAUAUCUAAAGCUCAAGACUACGGCGGCGGCGACGAGUCGUCUGUCCCGGCCGCACCACCGCCGGAGCAAGAGAACUGCGACGGCAUAUUCGUUUCAUAUACAUUCGACAGCCGCGAAAGAGAAUACCCGUUCGUAAAAAACGUAUCAGCACAAGCAUGGGCAUUUAACUCCAUGUUAACUGUUAUUAAUACUGGACUUUACGAGCUGAAAUCUUGGAAAGUUCACGUUGGGUUUCAGCAUAACGAGCUUUUAGUGUCAACUGACGGAGCUGUAGCGGUUGAAGGCGACGGAUUUCCGAUCAAAGUUGGGAAAAACGGCACAGUAUUGGCAGGUUUUCCGCAGUCGGAUUUGAAGACGGCGAUUGAUACGGCCGGAGAUUUUAAUCAGAUGGCGGCGCAAGUGAAGAUUAAGGGGACGCAAUUUGGUGUUUCGCCAAAAGCAACUCCAAUGCCUAAGACAAUUAAGCUUCUUAAUGAUGGAUAUAAGUGUCCUGCUCCUAAGCGCUUCAAAACUUAUAUGCAUGCUUGCUGCAAGAGGGACCCCAAAUUCAAGCCCAAGAAUACUACUCUCAAGUUCAUGCCUCGCCAAUAUGGAGACCUCUCGUUCACAUACGACGUUCUAUCCGCGUAUGAGAACAAGUACCAAGCUCAAGUCACCAUCGACAACCUCAAUCCCUUAGGCCGUCUUGAUCAUUGGAACUUGACUUGGGAAUGGAUGCGAAACGAGUUCAUUUAUAGCAUGAAAGGCGCAUACACUCAUAAAAAAGACCCUUCUGAAUGCAUUUACGGGCCUCAGGGACAAUAUUACAAGGAUUUCGACUUCACAACUGUCCUGAAUUGUCAAAAGAAGCCACUCAUCUCGGAUUUGCCACCCGAAAAGGAAAAUGAUGACAAACUUGGCAAGUUACCUUAUUGUUGCAGAAAUGGCACACUUUUGCCACCUACUAUGAAUGAGACUAAGGCAAGAUCUAUUUUUCAGCUUGAAGUCUUUAAACUUCCUCCUGAUAUGAACAGAACCGCCCUGUAUCCGCCUCAGAAUUGGAAAAUUGAAGGUACGGUUAAUCCGUCUUAUAAAUGUGGCCCUCCUGUUAGAGUAGAUCCAACAGGAUUCCCUGAUCCUAGUGGAACGGGCAUGACUUCUACUGCUGUGGCUAGUUGGCAAAUUACUUGCAAUAUUACGCGUCCAAAGCCAAAAGAAAACAAAUGUUGUGUUUCAUUCUCAGCUUAUUAUGCUGAUUCUGUUAUCCCCUGCAACACUUGCGCUUGCGGCUGUCAACAGACGUCUAAAUGUGACGCGAAUAGAAAGCCAUUGCUUCUCCCUCCACAAGCACUUCUUGUCCCUUUCGAAGACAGGGAAGAAAUGGCGGAAGCCUGGAACGCGAUCAAACAUUUCGGUCCAUUUCCUAAGAAACUCCCUUGUCCUGAUAAUUGUGGGGUGAGCGUAAAUUGGCAUGUUGAUAGUGAUUACAAGAGCGGAUGGACAGCUCGAGUAACUCUCUUUAACUGGGGAAACGGCGCGUUUGAGGACUGGUUUACGGCCAUUCAAAUGAAGAAAAACAUUGCUGAGGGAUAUGAAAAUGUUUACUCUUUCAAUGGUACUAAGUUACCUCAACGUAACGACACGAUUUUCAUGCAAGGUUUGCCUGGAUUGAACUAUUUAGUUGGAGAAGUGAAUGGAACUAAUCCUGAUAAAGAUCCAAGAGUGCCUGGAAAACAACAAUCUGUGAUUUCAUUCUUGAAAAAACAUACACCAAAUAUUAACAUUCCUUCAGGAGAUGGAUUCCCUGCUAAAAUAUUCUUCAAUGGUGAAGAAUGUGCACUUCCAACUGAUUUUCCCAAAAGAAAUGCAGCAUUCAAAUCCCAAGUUGGCUUGUUGUCUGCAGUUUUGCUUGCUCUCCUCACUUUUCUUCUGUUGACAGAUCAAUUACACUGAUUCCUAUCCCUACAAGCUGAUUUUAUAGGUCAAAUGGACAUGAAGUUGGGAGUGUAAAGAAGAGAAGUGGAUCAAGAAAAGAGACAAAUUAGGCCUGAUUUGCAAUUUAGAAGACUGUAACAAAGUUGGGACAGAAAAUGCAUGUACUUUGUUUGAUUGAUGUAUCAUAAUUAAACUUACCCACAAAAUGAAUAUUUGACCCUUUUUUUCUUGUGUAGUGGAGUAUGUUGGUGAGAGUUGGAUAUUGUUGAAAACUUUUUAUGUUCUUCAAUAGGAAGUACAUAAAAAUGGAAUAUAGAGUUUAGAUUAUAUUCUUGUUCUUAAGCAGUAUCAAGACAAGGAGUACUAUAUAUUUCAAUACAUAUUUCUGCUUAAA